UCUUCGAUUCUCUUCUCUCCAAAAAAAAAAGCAACUUAGGGUUCUUGAACAAUGUCUCAGCUUUUCAGCCGAGUCUCCAAGAAUCCUUCAUCAUUCCCAACCCGGAGCCUCUCUUCCCGGCGGUCCAAUUUCUCGACGGUGACACCACCUUACCUCCUCCUCGGCAGCGACGUCGUCGGAGAGUCUCCCUGCGGCGGUAAACUCGUCGACUUUAACCUCUACGAUCCAAAAACCCAAAAGCAAGUAAAGAUCGAAAACCAGACUCUAUCAAAAGAGCUCAAUGAAUCUAAGUGGAUAGGCUCAUCAAGAGGAUGGUUAGCUUCGAUGAACAAGAAUGACUCAACCGUCCAUCUUUCCAACAUCAUCAACCCCUUGAAGAAAACCAUAACCUUACCUCCACUAACCAGAGACAAGUUCGAACAUCUUGUCAAUGUCUCCGUCUCCUCCUCUGACUGUUGUGUAGUCGCCGUCAAGUUCUACGGCUCUCGAGUGAGCCUUUGUCGACUCGGAGACUCGGAGUGGACUCGCGUAGACGUGCCUUGCCCAUCUUUCCACUCUUCUACUGUCAUUUACUCGGAGAGAGACGAGAGAUUCUACUUGAACAACUGCAACCCUGACUACACCGGUCCAACCGAUUUCACACCACCAUCAAAUCCCGGUUUACUCACUCCGGUUUGUGGCUACAAGAGGUUUCCCUUCACUAACUUUCUAGAGGAGACAGGACCGGCCCUGAGAAUGCCAGAGCAUGAGAAUGAAACGUGUCUCUCACGUUUCAAGAUCCAACAGCAACUAGUCCAGUCAUCUUCGGGCCAAUCCUUCAUUGUUUGUUGGUUUGUGGAAAGAUUUACAGACAAAGGUGAAGCUGCGCCGUGGGGAGACACGAGUUACGACAACAACAAGGAAGGCCUUUGCAAGAAGACACACAAGAUCAUGGUCUUUAGGCAAGACGAAGAGCAAGGUCUUGGUCCUCACACUGAUGAUAUUGGCGAUCUCUGCAUUUUCUUGGGUGACAAUGAAGCUUUUUGUCUCUCUGCCAAGGACUACCCUGGUCUUAACCCUAAUUCGGUCUACUUUGGCGGCCAUGGUUCCGGUUUUGGUAUAUGCGAUCUCGCAACUCGCACCAUCUCAUAUCUCUCUGGUUCUCCUCCACCAUCAGGUCGCAUGUUUUGGAUUCCUCCCAGCUCCGCAUAGGAGCUAGAUGAAGGCAUUUAGGUUAUUUUUUUCAUGUGGUUGAUUUGGUGUUUUGAACUUAUCUUUUCUAAUUUAUUAGGACUUCUGUGUCAUCGUUUUGGCAAACAUCACUGGUUGUCGAAAUAUGGUUUCAUUAUUAAAUUUAUUAUUAAUCCUAGUAAUAGUAUUGCUUUUCAAAGAAAGGUUAACCCCUCUUUAUUUUACUUAUUGAUAUUGUGCAUUCCAUUUUUCAACUUUCGGAUAUUGGAUUCAAGAGGAUUCCAUUUCUCAGCUAUUCCAUGUUAUCAGCUAGUGACUUGGUUAAAGUCAUCCAGAUGGUUGCAUGGUUUAAACUAAGCUAUUGAUAAGUUAUAAAAUUAUCAUCCAAAUGUUUAGUUGAUUUGAUUAUCAAGCGAGAUAAGGUCAUAUAUAUGUGAGUGUUUCGGCACUUAUGAUUUUAAGCUAUGCCCCUUGAGGGCUCAUAGUGGCUAAAUGGUUAUUUCCUCUGUUGUGAUGUGGUCUUCGGUUCAGCUUAAUCUCUCGGUUUGUAUGUGAUUACCGGUUUAGCAGCUGUGAGCUGGUUGAAGAUGAGAAAGCGAGACGGUGACGGUUUGGAGGAGAAUCUUCUAAUGGGCUUCGGGUUUGUUAAACUCACAAUAUAACCCAGAGUGGUAGAGUUCUUAAUCUGUGUACGAUAACAAAUUUAUUAUAUUAAUUAAUGUGUAAUAGUAGGAUCACAAAAUCACUGAAAAAAGUGAGACGCUCCCGGACACAGUAAUCGAGACACCCAUUAUGACUUCCUUUUCUGGUGCCGGUCAAGGCGUUUCUCGCCGGCGCCGGGACUCACAGUUACCGGUUCACCUAUGCCUCCUCUUCAUAGCUAUGUUCUUUUCAUACUUUUUACUCUGUGUGUCACCGUUCAUAAAGCUGUUAUUAUGCGGUGGAGGGAAGAUCUGAAGCUCUAUGCGACGGAGACAGAUAAGAAGAUUCAUAGAACCACCUCUAUCGGCCUCACUUGCCCUCUGGUUGGUCUUCAUCAGCGUUGAGUCUGGAAGUUUUCUCCGCUGCUGCUGUUCAAUGUUUUUCGGGUAAAAGCCCCGACGUUUUCUUUACGGGUGACUGUCGUACAUCCUUGGGCGCCAGCGCUUCCUCUGUUCAAAUUCCGGUGAGGACUCCAUAUUCUCAAAGAAGCCGUCUCUUCCUGUCUCCGGGAACCGACGAGCUCUUUCAUCCACCGUUUGAGGCGCCCCUUACUCCAUCCAACACCAGAUCUGGAAGCAGCCCUUAGCUUGAUCUGAAGAGUUUCAGAAGCUUCUUAUCCCUCUCGUUUCCCACGAUGAUGAUGCCUGCGUUUAGUCUCCUCUGUAGCUUGGUUGGCCGUCGACAAAGCAGUCUUGGUGAUAGCUCCUUCAACGGCGGCGGCAAGUUCAGCCUAGGUUACGAGUGCAUCUUGGGUCUUUCAGCUGACAUUGGGUCUCAUUUACCUUUCUUUUGGGCUUGGCCCACUAAACUUAUGGUAAAUGUCAGAUUUUUUACUAGUCAACUAAAAAACAGAGUCGUGGUGAGAGACACGAUUAUAUCAUGUAUGGUAUUAAACUGUUUAACUAGAUUUGUAAAGAUUUUUGGUGGGUUCACCGACAUCUGUGAUUUGUACGCAUUGCCAUAUAUCUACUUCAUGAAGAAAUUAUUGGUGGGUUCACCAAGUCAUGUUCCAUGUUCGAUUUCAUUCCCAUACCUCCUUUCUAUGAAAGAAGAAGACUUCUCGGCUUCUACAUCGGGUAAGUGUUUCAGCUUUUACACCGUCUUGUUAUCUUAUGUAGCGGUCUGUACGGGGCCUGAAGAUGCAAGCGAGACUACUUCGGUUUAUCUGGUUGGUGAAAACUGGGUCUCAACGUCACUUCUGACUAACUUUCAGCUCUCCGGCUUUGUCGUGAAGCUCUUAUCGACGCAUUCAAGCUUUGCUUUGAAUUUACUGUCAUCUUCUCAUGAAGACAUAUCUAUUUUAGCUUCGUUUGCUUAUGUAGUUUAUGAUUAUAAUUAAAGAGGAUGUUUGAUUCUCUCUAGUUGUACGGUUGUACCCAAAAACAUUAGAGUUUAAUGAAAUUAAGUCGUGUUAAAAAAAAAAAAAAAUUAAUGUGUAAUAUCUCUGAACCCUGAUUAUUAUUAUUAACACAUAUAGAGUGUUUUCUUUUACUUUUUCUUUCUUAGAUAACAUCCCAUUUUCGAACAUAGAAACUAGAAAACCAAAACUAAAAAUGUAAUAAGUAAAAAACUUUAUUUGGUCAAAGGUGAUCCUUCUGAAACACUCACUCAUUGCAUGUGUCAAUAUCCGAUCAUCUGGUUCAACUAUUGAAAGUCUUUUAUAUUAUCUUAAAAAUAUGUAAUCCUUAUUAUUUUAUACGGCAGUGUCACAGCGAAUAUCAGGUGUAACAACAGUCUUUGAUUUUCUGUAUCAUAAGAAUAUAUGUAUGUACAGUUCUUAAUUGCAUACACCAGAGCAAGUCUAUACCAAAGCAAGUCUACCCCAGAGGUCCGAAGGCAACUGCAUUAAAGUUAAUGAAGCUUCAUCAUAAGCGAUUAGGCGUCAAUUACUCAUUGAUAUUUACUACUAUGAAUUUUUAAUAAAUUUUUGGGAUAAUACUUAUUACUACAACAACAACAACUUACCAGUAGUACAUAAGAAGUUCUAAAUACGAUAGUGAUGCGUUUAUUUAAAAAGAAAAGUUCCACAGAAAAAAAAAAUUGUAAUAAGGAAAUAUAGCAGAUAUAUAUAACAAUAAAAUGAAAAUAUGUUGAAUGAAGGCAACAAUUAAAUAAGAAUAUUAACUAUAAGCUUUGUUAAAUAUUAAAGGUUGCUACUUCAUGACUCAUAGUGGUGAGGUUUCCUUUGUUGUAAUGUGGUACUGAAUUCAGCUCAGUGUCUCGGUUUGUUUAUGAUGUCCGGUUUAACAGUUGUGCUAGGUGAGUAAUAAGUGAAAACAUUUGUGGUUUGCUUCAUAAAUUAGAAAACCAAAACUAAAAAUGUGACAAGCAAAAAAGUUUUCUUUGUUCAAACAUAAUCCCUUUUUUUUUUUUUUUUUUCAAUGAAAUGCCAUUUAUUAAGCUCACCACUCAAAGAAUGAUAUAAUUCACAUUCUACACAGUUUUUAACCCAAUCCAACUCGACAAACCAAUGGAUCAAAAACCAGUAAUAGCCAAAAUCGAUCAAAGAACACAGAACGCAUCUUUUUAAAAACCCUUAUUGGGUUGGAGAG